UUUUGUGCGCCCAAAUAAAUCGUCCCCCUCCUAGCUAGAGUGCGCGACGCAUUCGCUCGCCCAUGCAAAGACGCAGGACAAUAAAGCUGAUUUAAAAAAAUGCCUUCCAGCAAGAAUUUUAGAAGGAGAAAUGAUUCGUCGGAUGUGGAAGAAGACGAAACAACGCAAGAAGUCAGAUCUAAAGUAGAAGAGGCCAAAGAGCUGCAGAGUCUACGGCGACGGCAGAAGGGAGUCAGCGUGACUGCCUUAUUAGUCGGAGAAAAGUUACCACCGGAAGCUGAGAUUGAUAAUGACCCUUUUAAACUGAAAACUGGAGGGGUUGUUGACAUGAAGACAGUCAAAGAUCGCAACCGAGACAUGACAGAGGAAGACACAGACCUCAAUCUGGGCACUUCAUUUUCAGCCGAAACAAACAGACGAGACGAAGAUGCAGACAUGAUGAAAUAUAUUGAGACAGAGCUAAGAAGGAAGAAAGGCCUCGUGGAAGCGGUGGAGCAAAAAGUCAAGGUGAAAAAUGCAGAGGAUCAUCUCUACGAGCUGCCUGAGAACAUCCGAGUCAACUCUGCCAAAAAGACAGAAGAGAUGUUGUCCAAUCAGAUGCUGAGUGGGAUCCCUGAGGUCGACCUCGGCAUAGAUGCAAAGAUAAAAAACAUCAUCCAGACAGAGGACGCCAAAGCCAAGCUGAUACAGGAACAAAGGAACAAGAAAAAAGACAACGGAACAUCAUUUGUUCCCACAAACAUUGCCGUCAAUUACGUACAACACAACCGCUUCUAUCACGAGGACGCUAACGCACCUCAGAGACACAACAGACAUCGAGAGGAGCCCAAAGCAAGGCCUCUGCGUGUGGGAGACACAGAGAAACCUGGCCCAGAGGCAACGCCGGCACCAAAUUUCCGCAAACGACCAAACAAUGAAAAGGCCACUGACGACUAUCAUUACGAGAAGUUCAAGAAGAUGAACCGCCGAUAUUAAGAUGAGUCGCUGAGAUUUAAGCCUUCAGCCCAACAACCAAACCAUGAGACACGCUCAUAAACAAAAAGCCAUUUAGGAAGUUCAUGAAGAUUAGGGAACAAUGAAUUUAUAUAGCGCGUUUUCUCUACUGACUCAAAGCACUUUUACAAGGUGAAACCCAAUAUCUAAGUUACAUUUAAACCACUGGGAGCAGGUGGGUAAAGUGUCUUGCCCAAGGACACAACGGCAGUGACUAGGAUGGCGGAAGCUCGGAUCGAACCUGCAACCCUCAAGUUGCUGGCACGGCUGCUCUACCAACCGAGCUAUACCGCCCCAAUUAAAACAAUAAUUGUUUUGAUUGCAAAAACAUGUAUUAGAUGUAUAUGGCUUUCAGCUUCUUUUCUGUAGAGCAGGGCUAUUCAACUAGUGGCCUGGGGGCCAAAUCCAGCCCAGAAAUGACACCCUAGCACGCCCCGAGUUCAGUUUAAAACUUGGCAGACAAACAUUUUUUGCAGCAAAUUACUAAAAAUACAAGAGUGCUCCUGUUGAAUAGAGGGACUUGGACCAGUGUAAAUACAUUGGCAUAUCUUUGAGUUGACAUUUUAACCUUGCUAGCAAACGGAAAACUGGGGUUUAAACUUAUUUACUUAAGCGUUCCUCAAAACACCCCUUUAGAUCCACUACUUUUGGCAGUUUUUUUUUUUUUUUGGUAAUUAUUAUGUAAUUAAGGUGUUGCUGUAGUUUUAUUUUAGAUGCAAUCUGUUGCUGUUUUUCCAACUUUUCUAGUCAUACUAGUGGUGUUCCCCAAGGUUCCGUUUUUUUUCAUCAUUUGGGCUCUUCAACCGCUCAACGGGUUUAGUUGAAAAAACUUUGGAGAGACUCACAUUUUUACAGCUGAUUCUUAAGAACUGUUUGUGUGCUGAUAUCAUCUUUGACUACAUGUUUUGCAGAAGGUCCUUUUAAAAACUGCUAAGUGCUCCCAGGACACUGACAGAAUAAAUAGACCAACAUCAAGUGUCUUUUGUAGAGGACGCUGGAAUAUGCAAAAUAAGACAGUGUCUUAUUUCUCCCGGUCUUUAGCUUUUUGGAAAUGUGGCCCCCAAAACAAUUAAAUGUAAUUACUCUUCUGCAGAGCUACCAUGACCAUGUUGUGCUUUGUAAAUAAUGUACAUAUUUAUAAGUUCUACUUUAAUUAAAGCACAAAAAAACACAA